GAGAAAAAAAACAAAACAAUAAAUAAAUAAAAAUUAAAAGCGAUAUAGCCACAUCUCUCUCACCAUCUCUCUCUCGCCAGAUUUCAAAUCAUCGACCCGAUCUCAUCUCAGAUCCAGAUCACAAGCUCUCAACAUGUCUACCUUCAGCGGCGAUGAAACAGCUCCUUUCUUCGGCUUCCUCGGCGCUGCAGCCGCUCUCGUCUUCUCCUGUAUGGGAGCUGCUUAUGGAACAGCAAAGAGUGGUGUUGGUGUAGCUUCUAUGGGAGUGAUGAGGCCCGAGUUGGUGAUGAAGUCCAUUGUCCCUGUUGUUAUGGCUGGUGUGUUGGGUAUUUACGGUUUGAUUAUUGCUGUUAUCAUCAGUACCGGGAUUAACCCCAAGGCUAAGUCUUACUACCUCUUCGAUGGAUACGCUCACCUCUCCUCCGGUCUUGCUUGUGGUCUUGCUGGUCUUUCUGCUGGUAUGGCCAUUGGUAUUGUCGGUGAUGCUGGUGUCAGGGCAAAUGCUCAGCAGCCUAAGCUCUUUGUUGGGAUGAUUCUUAUCCUUAUCUUCGCAGAAGCGCUUGCUCUUUACGGCCUUAUUGUUGGAAUCAUCCUCUCCUCAAGAGCUGGCCAGUCCAGAGCAGAAUGAGAAUGUAACCCACAAGGUUUGCGCCAGAAGGUAUUUCCUUUACUUUCUGUGUGCGUUUUGUUUUAUUGUUCUUUAGUAUGAUGUAUCAUCGGGAACCAAAAAUUUAUUGGACACUUGGAACUUUGUUUCGGAAGGUCUCCUAUAUCUCUCUAUUGUUUGGCUGUGUAAUAAAGAGCUCUGAUGGAGCUUGGUAUGUUUUUGUAUUCUUGUAUUGUCUUGAGGAAGUUAAAUACAUUUAUUUUGUAAAGAAGUUUGCUUUCUUGAACCAUCUCGAGUCUCUUUUGCAACUAGUCUGCGAUGUUUCUUGCGUUUCUGUGGAGUUUGUGUUCCAGUGUUGUGUUUUUUUUAAGAAAGUAUUUG